AAUCGGAAGAGAGAGGUGAAGUGAGAGACAGAGAGAGAGAGAGGGCCCGCACUGCGUCAACGGAGAGCGAGAGGAAAUCCCCAGCUGUAACGCGCACCGCUUCUAACCGGAGACAUCCGAGCGCGCUUUCGCUCCUGCAUCAGACAGUAACCCAUCCAUGUUUGGUGCCGAGUUCCCCGAACUCCGCACUCGAUCUCCUAAUUAAUCGUUAUCAUCGUUGUCGCCAUCAUCAUCGUCGUCACCAUGAGCGCAGAGACGAGCAGCAGCAUCGGAACAAUAUCGGAGAAGAACAGCGGCGCGAAAUCGCCAACGGCGCCGCAGCCGUCGCCACAGCCGAAGAAGUCUUUCCUCAUCAGCAGCAUCCUCAGUAAGGAUACGUAUCAGUACAAGGCGGCCGACAGCUCGGAGAAGACCGUGUCGGCAGCAGCGGCAGCGGCGGCGGCGGCCGCGGCGAGGAUCGCGACAGAUCAACUGAAGAUCGACACCCACUUCAUGUCGCCGUUCAUGCACGCUGGCUUGCAGGGUCUCCCACCAUACCUCCUCGAUCGUCAGGCGCUAGGCAAGCCCGCUUGGUACCCGGCCGCGUGGUUGGCACACUGCCGGCCGCAGUCGUACCCCACCGGCCUACCACCGUCAUGUCACACGCUACCGAUGACGAUCCCUACGUCGAAACCAGCCGAAGAACGUGUAUCUAGUCCUCGUGUCAGCUCGUCGCCGUCGCCCCGCAGUCGGUCGUCGUCGCCGUCGCAGUCGCCGACGCCGCGCAGCAGCUGCAUGGACGACGAUAUCGGCGACCCAGCCGACAGCAACGACCUCGACAAGAAGAACAAGAACCGACGCAAGAAGAAGACGCGAACGGUGUUCUCUCGCAGCCAGGUGUUCCAACUCGAGUCGACGUUCGACAUGAAACGCUACCUGUCCAGCUCGGAGCGCGCGGGCCUCGCCGCCUCGCUCAACCUCACCGAGACGCAAGUGAAAAUCUGGUUCCAGAAUCGACGCAACAAGUGGAAGCGCCAACUGGCGGCCGAGCUGGAAGCAGCCAACAUGGCGCACGCCGCCCAGAGGAUGGUGCGUGUGCCGAUUCUGUAUCAUGAGAGCGGAGCGCAUCCCGAGUCGCGCAGUAUGCCCGGGUCGACGACGCAUCCCGUAACGUCAUUGGCGUCGUCCUAUCCGAGCGUCUUCUAUCCGACGUCGUAUUCACAGCUGUCGUCGUCGUCGCUACGUCCGCCGCUACCCAGCUUAGUGUAGCAGCAGCAGCAGCGUCGAGUUUUUGUUAGACACACACUGACACACCCUCGUUCACCCACUCAUCACAUA